AGAGAGAGAGAGAGAGAGAGAGAGAGAGAGAGAGAGAUGUUAAUUUCCAUGAGUGAAUGAAUGUGGGAAUUGACAUCUCAUUACUGUGUGCAUCUGUGUAUGUGUAUGUGCAUGAAGCAUGGCAGGGAGGAGACUGUGUUCAUCAGCGUGGAGCCCACAUCUCUGUCUCUGCCCCAAGUGGUGGAGUGGGCGGCAAGCCUGCACUGGUGGGAGUGGCUCAUCAUGGCCAAGGCAAUCCUGCUCUUCUGGGUGAUCAAUAUUACUGUCAUCCUGCCUUCCUUGUACAUGCAGGUAAUGCUGUACACAGAUGAGAUGACCUCCCGCCACAAUCCUGCUGCUGUGGCUUGGCUCUGGGAGGGUCACCACCUUCUGAGCAGGGCUGUCAAACACACUUCCAACCUUACCCCUGCCGACAGGAUACAAAACAGACGCUUGAGGAGAGUGAAAAACAGUUUCCUUCAUGCUCGCAGGAGACGCAAGAGGUGAUUCAAAAUUUGAUUGGAUCAGCAGUGCAUCUCUGCCAAGAUCAGUCUCGAUAUUCCCAAGCACA